CAAAUAAUCUGACAGUUAAGUGGACUUUGGCUCCACGACGAGAAGAGCUUGUGACUUCUCUGUUUCAACAAGAGAACACAACACCAAAAUCUGGUCUUCUCUGAAACUGAAGACAAUCAGAUUCGGAAAAAAAUGGAUCUAAAUUCACUUCUUCGGUCUCUCAUUCCUUCUUUCACCUCUGUGGGUUUAUUGUUGUCAUAUUUUGGGUACUUGGCAAUAUUUGGGUCUGUUCUACCCGGCAAGAUUGUUCCUGGCGCUACUUUAAGCGAUGGCACUCGUCUCCAUUAUCGCUGCAAUGGUUUGUUGUCAUUGACUUUGUUGGUGUUGCUUCUUGGUGGUGGGGUUGCUGCUGGAUUCGUAUCACCUACAGUCAUUGUGGAUAGGGGACUUGAGCUUUUAUCUGCGACCUUUAUAUUCUGUUUUGUUGUAACCUUGUUACUUUGUGUUGCCGGUAGCAUUUCACAUGACAAAGGUUCAUCACUGAAGCCUCAUGUAUCUGGAAAUUGGAUUCAUGACUGGUGGUUUGGAAUACAGCUGAAUCCUCAAUUUAUGGGCAUUGAUCUCAAAUUUUUCUUUGUGAGAGCUGGGAUGCUGGGAUGGUUACUUAUUAAUCUUUCAAUUUUGGCUAAAAAUAUACAAGAUAGCAACUUAAAUCGGUCUAUGGUUUUAUACCAGCUAUAUUGCACUUUUUACAUCCUGGACUACUUCUUCUAUGAGGAAUACAUGACAUCCACUUGGGACAUUAUUGCAGAGAGAUUGGGCUUUAUGUUGGUGUUUGGGGAUCUUUUGUGGAUUCCUUUCACAUUUAGUAUCCAGGGGUGGUGGCUUUUGAGGAAUAAGGUGGAUUUAACCACUGCCGCAGUAGUGGCAAAUUGCAUCGUCUUUUUGAUGGGGUACCGCAUCUUUAGGGGAGCUAACAGGCAGAAGCAUGUGUUUAAGAAGAAUCCUAAAGCACCGAUAUGGGGCAGACCUCCUAAGGUCAUUGGGGGCAAAUUGCUUGCUUCUGGCUAUUGGGGAAUCGCUAGGCACUGUAAUUAUCUAGGAGAUUUGUUAUUGGCACUAUCCUUCAGUUUACCCUGUGGAAUUAGCUCCCCAAUUCCUUACUUUUAUCCUACAUAUCUUCUUAUUUUGCUGAUCUGGAGAGAGAGAAGAGACGAAGCUCGAUGUGCAGAGAAGUACAAAGAUAUUUGGGCUGAGUACUGUAAAAUUGUGCCCUGGAGAAUAUUACCAUAUGUUUAUUAGGAUUUUACACCAUCAACAUUCUCUUCCGUACGGUUAGUGAGAGAUGAUAAUCUGUGGAAAAUCCUGUCGCAGACAUUUGCAUCACUGUUUGUGCUAUCUACUUGGAUUUCUUUUGUUCCAUGUUGUAAGCUAAACACCGAACCAUAGAGGAGGAUCACGGAUGUGGCCUGCUCAACAAGAAUUACUAAAUUGUCAUUAGUUAAAUAGCAUUACUCCUUGUAAAUCUAUAAACAGGUCUUUUGUUGCUUAUUUCUUUUGGUUUAUCAGUUUGGAUCUCGACAUGUUGUGUACGUUGUUUGUACAAUCGUUCAUGAAACAUUGAUGUGUCUGUGAUUUCUUUGUUUAGAUGAUAAUCAGCGGAAAAUCUAGUCACAAUUGUAUGCAUCACUGUUUGUACCAUCUAUUUAUUUUGUUCCCUGUCAUAAGCUAAACUUCGAACCACAGAGGAGUUAGCCAGUGUAGCCUGCUCAACUGAAAUUACCAAACUGUCGUU